GUGGCCUGGGGAUUGGAGAGGAGCGCGAGGAGGAUGUGAGACAGGGCCUGUAUGGAGACACAAGAAAAUAAGAGCCAUUGAAAAGACAACAGCAGCGUGUUUUUCUUUUUCUGUCUUUAGAGCCUCUUGUCAGCCGAAAGAUUAGUUGUCAUAUUGGAGCCUAAUCAGCCGUAAGAUUAGUUGUCAUAUUGGAAAGAGUGGGGUAACAGUUAGAUAGAUAGAUAGAUAGAUCCUCAGGGGAAAUUCAAGAAACUGUGCUCUUUUCGUAAACCAGUGCAAGAAUUCUUUACCAACCUAUAGGAGCCGUGCGGCUGGUUUCAGGCAGGUGAUGGACCCUUUUGUAGAGAGAUUCAAGGCUGGUAUGGUGCUAGCUGGGGUAGGAGAUGCUCUAGGAUACUACAAAGGACACUGGGAAGGGUGUACAUCUGGAGCUAAAAUCCAGGAAGAGCUUGCGACUCUCGGGGGUCUGGCGGCCCUGAAACUGGACUCUGAAAAUUGGCCGUUAAGUGAUGGAGCCCUGAUGCUUAUAACCACAGCCGAGGCACUGGUCACAGAUUAUUGGUGCUUGGAGGACUUAUAUCGUGAGCUAGUGAAGCAGUAUGUGGAGGCCAUGGUGUUGCUGCAGGGUCGCCCCCCUGAUCCCAGUACCGUGGAGGGCUGUGCCUAUCUUAAGCCCGACAACUUCCUACUGGCCUGGCACACCCCCUUCAACGACAAAGGUUCAGGUUUUGGUGCUGCAACAAAAGCCAUGUGUGUAGGAAUGCGAUACUGGCAACCAGAGAGACUCGACAGCCUUAUCGAAGUGAGCAUUGAGACAGGUCGUAUGACUCACAAUCAUCCCACAGGUUUCCUGGGCUCGCUCUGCACAGCGCUGUUUGCCUCUUAUGCCCUACAGGGCAAGCCAGUGGUCAGCUGGGGUCGUGACCUUCUGAAAGUCAUUCCUAAAGCUGAGGAAUACUGCAGAAAAACCAUUCGUCACUUGGCAGAGUACCUGGAGAGAUGGUUUUAUUUUGAAGCCAAGUGGCAGUUUUACCUGGAGGAAAGGGGGAUCAUAGAGGAAGGACAAGACAAGCCCAUCUUUCCUGGGAACUAUGAUGCUGUCGAGACAGACAAGAUGUAUAAGCACUGGAGCUCCGAAGGGCGGCCAGGGAGAAGAGGACAUGACGCUCCCAUGGUCGCAUAUGAUGCUCUACUGGCUGCAGGGUCUGACUGGACAGAGAUAUGCAAAAGAGCAAUGUUCCAUGGAGGGGAGAACAGUGCAACAGGUCUAAUAGCAGGAUGUCUUUAUGGGCUUUUGCACGGACUGUCAAAAGUACCGGCUGGACUGUACCAGACUGUGGACAAACGCGAGCAGCUGGAGGAACUAGGAGGGAAGCUCUUCCAUGCAGCAGCGAAAGAGAAGGUCGUUCACAUACGCCAUAUUGGACCCAUGAUGAUGGCAAAGGUGUGGGCAGCAACCACAGCUCCCUUGGACUCCAAAACUCUGAGGCGAAUUAUUCGCGACAGGAUGACCCUCCCAGGAGUGCGUGCCGUUCUGGAAUCCCUUCUACAGUACCUCAUCCAGGAGUUAUCCAACAGAAACAACCUGCAGAAUGACAAGAAGAGCCAAGAAAGGUCGGAACCAAAACACAUCAUCAAAGAUGGAGCACAAGAAAGCAGUGACAUUAGACAUAUAACAUCAUUCCAGCUCCUUCGAGCCAAGUUCCUGAGACCCAAAUCCGAUCAAACUCAAACUCGACAAUGCAAAGUAGGGUCUUGUUCUUUCAAGCGGUCUGGUGGCCUUGUCAGGCAAGCCUCCAGAGAUUCGCUGAAGCGACAAACAGUAGGUGUUCGAAGUGUGAAACACUUGUCAGCCAUCUUUGCAGCAAAGGAAAAGAGCGACGCCAACAACAUGCGGAUGGUACCGCAUGGGGCCAGACCACAUGUCAGGAGAUCGGUUUUAGCGGCCUUAGAGAAGUUUGAGACCAUUGGUUCUGUCCACAGUGGAGAUAAUUGUGUAAUAGCUCGGAAAAACAAAGAUACUGAUGAACAUGUGAAUGACAAAUGUCAAAGAACAAAAGGGAGAGGUCAAGGAUCAGAUAAGUCAGCUAGAGUUCAAAGCCCAACAAAGAAUGUAGAUGGAAACCAAUCAGAGCAACACUCUCUUAAAAACUCUACAUGUGGCUUAGUGAUGGCAGAGGCUGUGUGGACCGUGGCAACAGAUCAUGCAGAUAUUGUACAGCAGGUUCCUGGAGAAGUAACUGCAAGUGAACUUUCAGGUGAGGAUGUACAAGAGAAAAGCUCAGAUAAUGGCAGGCACAUCUCACCUCAGACAGCUCAGCAAGUGAAAUGGGCCAAUGUGGAGGAAGAUAGUGUCUGUGAGGUGGUUCAACAGAACAGCUCUGAACCUCACAGUAAUCUGUGCAUCACUGUUGAACCACAUAACACACAGAGGGUUGCCAUUCUAUCGUAUCCCCAGGUCUGGUGGUUGCCCACUACUGAAUUGCCAUUAGUGACACCGCUGAGUAUAGAUUCACAACAUUGCACUAACCAAUCAUCAUUAGUAUUAGAUUAUUUGGAAACCCAAUCCACAGAUCUUACUGGGGAGGCUGAUGGAAAGCAAGUCACUAAAUGUUUACAUGCAGCAGAGUCACAUGACUCCAAACCUUGCCAGGACCUCUGUGAACAACCACAACUCUGUGAGUCAGAUCCACAGGAAUUCCUAUACGAGUGUCCGUCUGUUCCAGGUGGUUCCUUCCACCCUCAACCAGAUUUACAGCCCCAGGAAUCAGAAUUCCAGAGCGAGGCUUCUGUCUCACAGAAAAACCUGAAUCACAAUUCAGACUCAGUAGAACACGGAUGCCAAUCAAAUAGACCUCAACCUCAGUCUCAAAAUGAACUCAUCCCAACUCACGCCAAGAUGUCAGAAAGUGAUGAAACGAGUUCACCUCCUGAAGCCGUCACAUCACAAUCAGAAGGACCAGACACCGAAACACAUGUGACGUGUGCUGAACUAUCUGACACUUCAACAACCCAGUUGUGUAGACAGAUAAUUAAUAAAACAUUUAAUGCCGGUUCUCCUCACACAGCAAGUCAUGGACAAGGUGAAUGCAACAAUAAGCCAGCCAUUGUACAUACAAACGAAGGUGGGAGGUUGUCUAUACCAGUGGAAAAUAAGACAUUGCAAGGGGAUGAGCAUGAAGGUAUCAUCCUAUGCCAAAAGAAAGAGGAUCAUUUGAAAACAGAGAUUCCGACUAAAAGUCCUUCACAGAAUGAGGAAGCUGAAAGCUGCAGUCUACAAGCCCAGUCUGUUAGAGCAAAAUAUAGAACAUUUCAAUAUGAAGAUCCAUGCAAGGAGAAGAAGUACAUUCCCAAGACAAUUAGAUUCACAGACACAUUUUAAUUUUUAAAUUAUAUUUAAUGAUAGUAUACAUAUCUUAGAAGCUAUUAUUGUCUAACUACACAUUGUAUUUUGUGAAUACAAUUGAUAUGCUUUAAUUUAAUAUAUUUAUGUUCAAUAUUUCAUGUGGACCUCAUUUAUCAAGAUCAGAACACCCACUGUACAAAAGUGUG